AUGAGCUGUAAUGUCGAUGACUCGGAUGAGAUUUUCGACGAUGACGACGACGACUGCUCAAUGGAGGUUUGCACGAAAGACUCGCACCAUUCCGGACCAUCGAACAUGCCGGAGUCAUGCUACGUGAAGUUGACAGCGGAUGACAUAGUCAAGGAGCAGAGGAAACUGAUCCAGAAUGUGGUGGAGUUAACUAAGCUCCCUGGGCAUACUGCAAGGCAGCUGCUGCAGGAGAUGAAGUGGAGCUUCGAGAACGUUGCAGUGUUGUAUUAUGACGAUCAAGAUAAAUUGUUUGCAAAGGCGGGGAUCUCAGUCAAUGGAGAGGCUAUCGAUGCUGUGGCUGUACGAGGGUCUUCGGGGAGCUUUGUGUUAGAUCAGCAGACCAUAACGUGCCAAGUCUGCCUGGAAGACUUUGAGAGGGAGGAGGCCGAGAAGGGGAUGUCGACGGCGUCUGGUUGUGGGCAUGUCUUCUGCAAUGCAUGCUGGGUAAGACACAUCACAACACAAGUGAAAGAGGGUCAGGCAGCAAGGAUCUCUUGCGCAGGGGAGACAUUCGUUGAGGGGAAGAGAAGACGUUGCAACAUAAUCUUGGAUGAAUGCUUCGUUGAAGAACUGCUGAGAGGAUCAGGAGGAUCUGCAGAGAUUCUGAAGAAGUAUCAGACGCGUUUGAUUGACUCCUAUGUGAAUAAUAAUCCAACGAUCAAGUGGUGUCCGGCAACCGAUUGUACUAAUGCCAUCCGGGUCACGGAUUCUUUCGAUCCCAGCAGCUUCGACACAAGCGUAGAAUGCAGCGAUGGGCAUGUCUGGUGUUUCAACUGCCUGGAUGAACCACACGCGCCUGCUGAAUGCUCCAACGUGAAGGAGUGGAGAAAGAAGUGUCAGGAAGACAGUGCGACUAGCAACUGGCUGGUGGCGUACACCAAGGACUGUCCCAACUGCAAGGUUGCGAUCAACAAGGAUGGGGGCUGCAAUCACAUGUGA